GGGUUGCAACAUGCAAGCAAUGGACUGCCAUAAGUUGUUGACAACAAACAAAAAAGGACUAGAGUUCUCUAAAAAAUGGGUUCCAGUGAGGAUCACUUUUCUUGCGCAAUGGAAUUGGUUAACUCCAUACCAUUGGCCAUGGUGUUAGCGAGCACAAUCAAGCUUAAGGUUCUAGAGGCUAUAGCCGAAAUGGGACCAGAUGCCCGAGUCUCAACUCGUGAUAUUGCCUCUCGUUUAUCAAUCUCCAACCAAGAUGCGCCCACCAUGCUAGACCGUAUGCUUGGUUUGCUUGCUAGCCACUCGAUUGUCACUUGCACCGAAGAGGUCCAUGAAUCAAGGCACAUUCGAAUGUACGGACUCACCCCCAUGGCCAAAUACUUCAUCCCGAACGAAGAUGGGGCAUCCAUAGGUCCUCUCAUGAGCUUAAAUCAAGAUAAAGUAUUUAUUGACGGAUGGCUUGAACUUGAAGAUGCAGUCCUUAACGGAGGCGUUCCAUUUGACAAGGCUCAUGGAGCAAACGCAUUUGAAUAUCCAACAUUAGAUGCAAGAUUCAGUGAGGUUUUCCAUAAAGCCAUGAUGGAUCAUAGUACUAUUGUAAUGAAGGAAAUUCUGAAGCACUAUCGUGGUUUCGACAAUCUCGGAUGUGUGGUUGAUGUUGGAGGUGGUCAAGGGAUCACACUUAGUAUGAUUGUAUCGAAGCAUCCCACCAUUAAGGGGAUUAAUUUCGAUUUGCCACAUGUGACUCAACAUGCACCCGUAUAUCCAGGUAUAGAACAUGUCGGAGGAGAUAUGUUUAAAGAGGUUCCUAAAGGAGAUGUCAUUUUUAUGAAGUGGAUUUUACAUGAUUGGAGUGAUGAUUCUUGCAUAAAGUUACUAAAGAACUGCUAUAGGUCUUUGCCUGAAAACGGAAAGGUUAUUAUCGUAGAUGCGAUUCUAUCUUUUGUACCAGACACGAGCUCGUCUGGCAAAGUCAACAGUGGCUUAGAUGUGGUGAUGAUGGCUCAUUCUCAAGGUGGAAAGGAGCGCACUGAGGAUGAGUUUCUUGCACUAGCUAAAGGUGGUGGAUUCACAGGGAUUAGAAAGGAAUGUUUUGUUUGCAACUCAUGGGUCAUGGAAUUCUACAAGUAGAUUUAUUUCUAGUUGUUGUUUCAACAAAAACUUAAACCCAUAAUAAAAUCCAAACAAUAAAGUGUGUAAACAUUAACCAAACACCAAAGGGUUUGGUUAAUAUUUACACUCAAAACUAGUUGGAAAAAAAAACCCAAACGUGUAAGAUUUUGUGCUAUACAUUUUUUUAUGUUUUA